AUGUGGAAAUCUCAACGCCGUGUUGUUGUUACCGGCCUUGGUAAGCCCCGUGUCUUUCUAUUUUCAAAUCCUCCUUUGAUCGAUCCUCUCUGAGGUGAAGUAUGGCAGUAGAUUACAAACGCUGGUGUGAGAGGGACAUAGUGGAGUAAAGUGUUGUGGAAUUCUAGGUCGGAUACUUAUAGAAUUUCAUUUUGGGAAAGGGCAAAAACCAUCUUAAUGUUCCUUCUCUGCCACUUCUCAAUAACAGAAAAAUUCAAAACUAUUGAUGAUUUGAUGAAGUACACCCCAAUACCAGAAAAUACCAAAAUUAAUGGUAGUGCUGUGAGAAGAGUAAAUUAUAUUUGAAACAGCUAAAGAUUUGACGAUUAAAGACAGAUAUGUAAUUAUUAGGAAGAUCAUACUAUGGGCACUCUGGAGAGAUUCCUGUUAGAUUUGACUGAUAAAUGUAAAGCCAAAAUUAACCACAGGUAGCCCAACCUCGGUGUGUGAAGUUUCAGUCAUAACUUAUUCAAUAAUGUUGCUUUUAUGCAUCAAAAUUAUGAAACAGAAGUGAGGUUUUUUAGUUUUUGUUCAAUAAUUUGCUACUCCUAUUGUAAGUACUCUUAGCAUUUUACAUUAUAAAUGAACACUGAUUGCCAUCAAACUGCACAUUGGGCAUGGAAAGAUUAAGACCUCAAAGUUACUGGUCUUUAUUUUGGCAUCAACAUAUUUAUUUUAGGUUUGAAGUAAAUUUUCAUUAAAAAAAUCCAUAAGUUAUUGGUUGGUGUUUUAUUGAUGAAGAACAACCUUGUUUAACUUUGACCCCAAAGAGUGACUAGUAUCUAAUUUCUCCUUACAAUAUCACAGCUAAAUCACACAUUAAGGUCAUGAGAUCAAAGGAAAUGAUCUCCAACCAAAGAAUCUCUUGACUGUUGAACAAAUUCUUACAAUAUCACAGGUAAAUCACACAUUAAGGUCAUGAGAUCAAAGGAAAUGAUCUCCAACCAAAGAAUCUCUCGAUUGUUGAACAAAUUCUCCUUAGUAGCACCUCAGGAAAUGUAUGAAGGACAGUAUGGAGAAUAUGCGUACUGAUGUUGGGGUGUAAAGGGUUAAUGAGCUUGUGUCACCUGUGAAUGAACUGAAUGUUGGUAUCCCUGCAGGACUUGUUACUCCUCUUGGGAUUGGCACAACCAGAGUCUGGGAAAACUUGUUGCAAGGAAAAUGUGGAAUAACACAAAUUUAUGAUGAAAGUAUGAAUUAUAGUUUCCUAUAUUAUUCUUUGCACCAAAAUUAUUUGAAAGAUGAAACUAAAAUCUAUGGUAUAUUCUUAUGAAAUAUUUUGUUUUUUCAUGGUAGAGUUCAAAGGAAUUCCAGCCAAAAUAGGUAAGCAUAUAAAACUCUUUCUUUUAAAAUAUGUAAUGGCUUCAGUGUAUUCUAGACCCUAAAUUGUCAAAUUUGCUCUGAAAAACUGAAAUGACAAUACUUUUUUAAUCUAACAAACAAGAAAUAAACUUCCAUAUGCAAUUAGUUUAAACAGAGAGAAUUUGGUAUUACAAAAUUAAACUGAAAUGCAAUGCAUCUUGAAAGGAAUCAAACAAACAAAUUUGAUAACACUGUGAAUCCCAUUGGUUCCAUUUUAAAUUUACAGUAAUGGUUUUUUGUUCAUUUAUUUAUUUAAAUUUCAGCUGCAUUUGUACCAAGGGGUACAAACCCAGGAGAAUUUGACAGGAAACAUUGGGAAACAAAACUUAAUGUGGUAAGUUAAAGAGUCAUCAGCAUGGUAUGUUAAUAAAGAUAGUAAGGAUUAUUAAUUAGUCUUACUAAUUAAUUACAUUUUAAAAAAAUCAGUUAUGGAAGUGUGAUAAUAUGAUGGAUAAAGAUGGGGUAUUUUUCUCCCCUUAGGACAGACGAAGUACCACAACAGAAGGCCUGUUUGCAUUAGUUGCUGCAUAUGAGGCUCUAGAAGAUUGUAAAUGGAAACCGGGUAUGCAAGAACAAAAAGAAAGAACAGUAAGUCAAGUGCUUCUACUUUCACAAUCAUACCAUUGUUAGCUGGUCAUCUCUCAGGAGUCUCCUGUUCAACUCAAUUAUUGAUGUCAUAAUGCUACACUGGCAAUUAAAACAAAUUGAAAAUAAGUGGCCACCAGUGCAUUAAUCAACUGUUAACCUGAUCAAAGUCACCUCCUCAUCAUUGUUAUCUCAAUGAGAUUUUUCAUUUUGUUUUUAUCCCUGAAUAUUUCAUUUAUUUAACUUUCAGGAGUGAGAAAUGGCCUUAACCCUCUAACUCCCAUGAGUGACCAAGGCAGAAUUUCUCUUAACAAUAUCAAUACAAUAUCAAGCACUGGCAAGUGAUGAGCAUAAAGAAAAUUGUCAAUUAGGAGAUUAUUAGUUGAUCCCAAACUAAAUUCUCAAAACUAACUUUAUAUGAAUUGUAUCACAGACAGUAAGAAGAAUUACUAAUGAGAUCUUGGCAGUGGAAAGAUUAAUUGGAAAAUAGUAGUUGACUCCUUCCUGAUAACAAUAAGCACUGUGAGGGAAGUUUCAAGGGAUGGUGGAUUUGAACACCAGACUUAUGAUUAAAAAUGAUCCUUUUAUCCUAGGGUGUGUCUAUUGGGAUGGCAAUGACAGGUCUGAAGGACAUACUGCAAGAGGGCAAUACACUCAACAAUCAGGUCAGAUUUAAGAACAGAGCCUUGUUGUGCAAAGAGUGGAUAAUGCUAUCCACUGAAUAAUCUCUGUCUGAUGGAUGAGGCUCAACAUUUUGUUGGCAAGAUAUGGUCUUCUGCUCUUUGAACAAGUGUUCAGGCCAUUAAGUCAACAUGUUGAGUAAUGUUGCAAGACUGACACUUAAGUUGUUACUUAAGGAUGUUCACAUUGAAUUGACGAUGCUGAUCUGAACUUCUGUGUACUGUUAAAUGUAAGUCAUAGAUGAGGGCUUGUCAUGUUUAUUUUGAAUUCAUUAUUUUGCCUGAUAUAUGAAGCAAAGCUAGCAAAAUUCAAUUAACUUACUAGAUACUGUGUUUUAUAACCAACACAUUUCUGAAAUUUUGCAAACCCUUUUUUUUGCAUUUUUAAAAGAAAGAUAGGUAUACCAUUGAUAUUUUCUGACUGGGACUGACAGGGAGCAACUUUUUCAGGGCUAUCGAAGAGUGAGUCCAUUUUUUGUUCCCAGAGUUCUUCAUAAUUUGCCAGCUGGACUUGUCAGUAUGACAUUUGGGCUUCAGGUUAGUUUCUUUAUAUUGCACAGUGAAGUUUAACCCUUUAACUCCCAUGAGUGACCAAGACAGAAUUUCUCCUUACAUUAUCAAAACAUUAUCAAGCAGAAAAGUGAUGAGAAUAAAGAAAAAUAUCAGUUAAUGGAUUAUAAGUUGAUCCAAUACCAAAUUCUACAAACUAACAUCACACGAACUGUAUGGCAGACAGUAAGGAGAAUUACAAAUGAGAUCUUGGAAGUUAAAGGGUUACCAACUGGUGUUUGUGUCACAGAGUCAUGUUUUCUGUUCACUCAGUGAAAGUCAGCACUCAAGUCUAAAGCAUACAGACCUUAUCUCUGUAUCUGCAUUAUGAGUUCCAUUGAAGUAUUUCAUCCCCCCACUUGGAUGGGAUGUUUGACAAGUUGUCAACUUAUUCUUUGGUAUUUUGUUAUAUCACCCCAUAUAUUUUGGAAAUAUCUACUAGUAUUACUACUCCUGAAAGGAGAUCAGGGACCAUAACCUUAACCCUUUCACUCCUAAGAGUGACAGGCAUAUAAUUUCUCCUUACACUGUCACCCUUGAAUCACACAUUUUGGUCAUGAGUAUGAAGGAAAUGAUCACCGACUAAAGAAGAUCUUCAUUAGCAAACAAUUUUUUUCUUUGGCACCUAAAGAAAUGCAUAGAGAACAGUUUGGAGAAUGUGCAAACUAAAGUUGCAUUGUAAAGGGUUUAGGUUACUCACCCAGGAAUUUUACAUGAUGACCCUAACUGGAGCUCAAACUGGUACUUUUAGAUUCAGAGACCUGUGUCCUCCACUAUUUAUCUCCACCAGCCCAUGCAAGAGUCUCUUCUUUCUUUUCGUAGGGCCCCAAUCAUGCAGUCUCCACUGCAUGUGCAGCCAGUGCGCAUGCUAUUGGUGAUGCUUUCAGAAUGAUUCGUCAUGGUGAUGCUGAUGUGAUGGUUGCUGGUGGCGUGGAAGCCUGCAUUCUCCCCUUAGCCAUGGCAGGCUUUUGCAAGUAUGAAUUUGGCCACAUCAGGAUUUGAUUUCAGUUUUUACUUAAAUUAUAUCACACCUAUAAGCAAUUUUAUGAGAGUCAUACCAUACUGUUGUAUUACAAAAUAAAUGACAGGCAUGUUGGUGUGCCAGUUGAUUCCCUGUGUAUGUCUAUCUCAUGGCACUCAUUGCAUCAAUUUCUUUUUUUAAAUGUCAAUUAGAAAUGUCUGCUACAUUGAAAUACCAGACCACAUUACACUACUAAAAACGAUUCUUAACAUUUUCUGGAGUGUGAAUUCAUAUAUAAAUUAUAUUUAUGUCCUGCAUCCAGAAUGCGUGCCUUGACUACCAAAUUUAAUGACAAUCCUCAUGAGUCGUCAAGGCCAUUUGAUAGAGACAGGAGUGGCUUUGUGAUGGGUGAAGGUGCAGGGGUCAUGAUAUUGGAGGUAAGCUGCACUUUCUCUGUUUGAAUUCAUCAAUUGCUAUCAGUGGUGUUGCCUUCAAACAUAUCUGUCAUGAACCUAUGGCCCUCUGAUGAGCAGUACCUGAAUAGUUUUUCAUGUAUGAAAACCCUGCACAAAAGUCUGUCCCCUGAAGUGGAACUUUGGUACGUUUGGUGCUUGUUUCUCCAAAAUGUUUAAGCCUGAGUUUCUGUAGCUGCUCUUUUUGCAAACGGGACUGUUUAUUGUCCCACUCCACAAUUAAGCUGCCUAGAACAUGGACAUUCUACCAUGAGACCCUUUUAAAACACUUCGUUUGUUUCCAUUCUACUUUCAGCAAUAUGAACAUGCUGUCAGCCGUGGUGCUCCGCUGUACGCGGAACUUGUUGGUUACGGUCUUUCAGGUAUUACAUUUUUUCCAGUUGAUGUAUUUGCUAUUUCCUAGAUAGUUUUAUGUUUUACUGUACUAGCUUUGGAGCGUCCUUAGCUUUUCAUCGGGUCUCAUCAGACAUUUCAACCGUUUUUCAACGUCUCUAUUUUCCCCAAGUAUUCAACUGUGCUUUUAACUGAAUAUGCGUUUCCUCCGCUCCGCCACUGACCGCUUGUUUUCCGCGCUUUUGCUCAAUCUCAUUUUAUGCCUCAACUUUACCCUUCACAAUUCUAUAAUGUAGUGACUGACACAUUGUCUAUUCUCGCGACUGAUCGUGCUGCAGAACUUGUAAUUAUGUUUCCAUUUUCUAAGAAUUAAAUUAUUUAAGUGCCUUUCAACCGCUGUUGUGUAUAAAUUUGCUGAAACUAAGACGUCGUUCUUGCCUUUGAUUUUUUUCAGGGGAUGCCUAUCAUAUUACAGCCCCCUCAGAGGGAGGACAUGGGGCAUACUUGGCGAUGAGGAACGCUCUGAAGGAUGCUAAUGUCAACCCAGAGGAUGUGAAUUACAUUAAUGCCCAUGCUACAUCUACUCCACUUGGUAUGAGGCAACGACACUUGAGUGCUGUUUCUGUUGUCUUUCCUAUAGGAAAUACACUUUUUGUCGCCCAUGGUUUUUCUUGAUAGUUUUAACUAUACUAACCCUAUAGUAACCGAUUUCAUACGCCGAUGCCAGUAUACUGAUUCUCGGUGAAACCGCUGAGUAAAUUUCGUCGUCUCCCGGUACCGACACGCUACCAUUACUUCCCUUUUUACCACCCCCUUGGAAACAAGUCAAGAGGAACGUAUCAUUUACGCUUAACCAUUCAAACUUUAAGAGUGACUAGCAUCUAAAUUCUCCUUACAAUAUCACCCCUGGGUCACGCAUUAAGGUCACGAGAAUAAAGGAAAUGACCACCAACUUAAGAAGCUCGAGAUUGCUAAACAAAUUCUCCUUGUCAGCACCUUAGGAAAUGUAUAAAGAACAGUAUGGAGAAUAUACAUACCGUGAUCUUAGGGCGUAACGGGUUAACCAAGUAAUUUUUUGCGUUUCUUUGCUUUAUUUACUCCAAGCCAGACUGUACACAGCUCUCUAGGUUAUUGAUCUAUUCACUCUCGUAUUUCUCUUCAAAGCUUGAAAAGUUUGACGAAAUGUUAUUGUUGAUUAUAGGAGAUGCAGGAGAGAAUAAUGCCAUUAAGACCUUGCUUGGACACCACUCACGAAAUGUUCAAGUUUCUUCCACUAAAGGUGGGAUUCUUUCUAUUUAGGUAAAGUACAACGACGUGUUUUCUCCAUGAAUACUGUUAUUCGUGCCUGCGAUCAGUCUGAUUGUCUGGUUAUGAUUGUGUUCUGACCAGAGACAAAUUAUUCAAAGCUAUUUCCAAGACUUCAGGUUGAGUUUUGUUUGGUUGUUCUUUUAAUCAGGAGCUGUUGGCCAUCUUUUGGGAGCGGCUGGUGCAGUAGAGGCUAUAUUCACUGUGCUUGCUAUACACCAUGUGAGUUGAGUUACUGUGCUUCCUGAUUACCACGACCAUAUGUUUGUGCUUUCCAUAUGCCAACGCGGCUUUGUGUGGCACAGGAUCUGACUCAGUCCUGUGUUUGAAAGCUUCUUGUGGCUUUUUGUUUUUUUUUUUACUUUUCUUAAGAGAGAUUUUUUGUUUCCUCAAAGGGCGCUGUACCUCCCACGUUAAACUUGCACAACGUUGACUCAGAUGAAUUUAACUUAAACUAUGUACCACUUAAGUCGCAGCUCCUAAACGAGGCUUCGGAACGACGGACACCGAGAACAGCGCUUACCAACUCAUUUGGCUUUGGUGGCACGAAUGCUUCCCUGUGUUUUGUCUGCUUAUGAGACUUCCAAAGUACUUCGGAUGUGGUCGAAAUACUUCGUGACUUCGACGAAGUUCUGCAGAAUUUCCGAAGGCCUCGUGGGUUAGUCUGGAGGGGUCCCUAAGGGGCUUCCAAAAUACUUCGGAUAUGGUCGAGAUUCUUCGGAACCUCGACGAAGUUCAGCAGGGGGCCUCGUGGGUCAGUCUGGAGGAGUUUCCGAAGAGCUUUCGGUCUAUCAUUAUCCAAUCACAAACAACUGUCGUUUCGGGACCGGGAUUGAUUUAAUUAUGGCCUCGGCUCACAAAUUUCACGCAAAUGGAAGAGAUAUGAACAACUUGCCAAAGAAGAGUUGAAACUGAAAUAUGUAAAAACAAGAAAAUACUGUGUUCAAGAGAAAUUGCAAGAAACUUUUAUUGUUUUAGUCAGUUGUAUUCCGUGAUUCAAAUGGCAGCAGGGUUACGUGCUGUCAUCAAUUAACACAAGCGAAUUAAAGUUCAUUAGUCAAAUGGUAUUAAAUGCGACAUUUUUCUUGUUCAAACAGUGUGACCUGGCAUUCGAUCAUCUAAUCCUACUGUGUAAGCAUGUUACUGAACGGUUUUCAAUACGUUUUACUCCUUUGCGCUAAACUACGUGCGUGCAUAAUUUUUUGUCAUUUUAUUUGCCUAAUUUGUUUGCUGUGUUCGUAGCCGUAAUUUUAAUAAGUUGCCUUCAUGAAAUUAGCAAGUCUAUCAUCAUCGAUUGAUGCAACGUCGCAAAAUCUAUCCCUUGC